UUGCUGAAUAGGCGUACCGCUGUCACUUUGACAGCGUCCGAAAGGUGCGAAAUAUCGCGAAAAAGCAAAACACGAUUACGUGAAUAUACCUCAUUUGCUUUCCGUUUGCGGUGUAGAUCAGCCGUGCUUUACCGACGCAAAGAUGGCAGCGUCGUCUCAGGCUAGCCGCGGUCUUACGGCCCUUUUCAAGCGCGGAUGGAACGAGAUCCCCGAAGUGGUCGGCUCGUCAGUGAUUGCCCUGAUCGGAAUCGGUCUCAGCGUGGUCGGAUUGACCAACUACUACCGCAAAGACGCCGACAACCGCCGCUACAAGCUGACGUACGUUGUGAUGCGUCCGGACGAUCCUCGAGCGGCACGCAUUCGCCAAGAUUAGAAUGUACGUUCUGGUUGGUUGCUGCACGGUUCUAGAUCAUAAAUAAAUAAAUUGUGUGCCUACACAUGUAACAGGCUCCUGUA